AUGCCUGCGGAGAGAUAUUCAUACAUGAGCAAUGUCUGGAGAGACGGCAUCUUCGACAACAAAGUCCUCUUCUGCACCGGCGGCGCCGGUUCUAUCUGCAGCGCCCAAGUCCGCGCAAUGGUCGCCCUAGGCGCAAACGCCUGCAUCAUCGGCCGCAACGUCGAGAAAACCGAAGCCAUGGCCCGCGACAUCGCAACUGCGCGCCCCGGCGCAAAAGUCCUCGGCAUCGGCGCCAUCGACGUGCGCAAGCCCGAACUCCUCCAGCAAGCCGCCGACCGCUGCGCUAAAGAACUCGGCAGCAUCGACUUCGUAAUCGCAGGCGCCGCCGGCAACUUCCUCGCCUCCAUUGACCAACUCUCUGCAAACGCCAUGAAGAGCGUCAUCGAUAUCGAUGUGCUGGGCAGCUACAACACCGUCAAAGCCACCCUACCGUAUCUCGUCGAGUCCGCGGCUAAACACCGUACAAAUGGUACUACGCAGCCUGCCAAUGGUACCGGCGGCCGUAUCAUCUUCGUGAGCGCGACCCUGCAUUACACAGCGACGCCGCUGCAGGCGCACGUCGGCGUUGCAAAAGCCGGUGUGGAUGCCAUGGCCAUGUCCGUGGCUAUUGAACAAGGACCCAAGGGUAUCACAUCCAACGUUAUUGCCCCAGGCCCUAUUGCGGGGACAGAGGGAAUGGCGCGCUUGGCCAAAGCAGAGGCCAACAAGGCGGAUAGCAAGGCGGCCAAGACGGUGCCUAUCGGGCGAUGGGGCACCGUCAAGGAAAUCGCUGAUGCCACCGUGUUUUUGUUCUCAGAUGCAGGCAACUUUGUAAACGGAGAGACCCUCGUUGUCGAUGGAGGCGCCUGGCAUACCGCUGGCUUCAGCGGCGGCUUCGAGUACCCCGAUUUCCUACUCUCCGGUGCCCCUGUUACCGGUGUUGCCGGAGGGAAAAAGUCAAAGCUGUAG